UUCAUUGAAAGAGUGAUUGCCCAAGCCAUGAGGCUGCUGUCACCUUCCAAGAAUGAAACGUUGUCACCUGAUGAGGCUCUUCUGUUGCAUCAGCAGUUCAGUGUUCUACAAACAUUUGUAGAGUAUAGUCCAACAAUGGCAUUGUAUAUGAAAAAUAACUACACAGAAGAGUUCAAAUAUUAUGUCCAAUCACCAUACAUCAUUAAGAAGUUGCCAGAACAUUAUCCUAUCUCCAAACUUAUUCUGCAACAGAUCAGUGAAGUCUUGUCCUACGUUCUCCAAAAACAAACCAAGCUGGAAUUCCGAAAUUAAAAUCAGCAAGUUAAAAAAGAAUUCCUGAGACAACCCAACCUACGCC